AUGGCUGCCAGUAAUACGAUAGGCAACAUGCAGCCGUUUGACGAAGCCACAGAAACAUUCACUUGUUACGUUGAACGGUUAGAGCUAUUCUUUGAUGCUAACAACAUAAAUGAAGACAAACAGACAACCUCGCUACUUAGUUUAAUCGGUCCCAAAACCUACAAUCUGUUACGAGGUCUGACCUCACCCAGAAAACCCAAGGACAAAACAUACCAAGAGAUCAUAGAAAUUCUUGAGGGUCAUUUAUCACCACCCCCGCUCGAAAUUGCAGAGCGUUACAAAUUCCACCAAAGAAAUCAAGCGCUUGGCGAAGAUAUCAACGCAUUUGUGGCCUCAUUGAAACAAAUGACUAAACAUUUACAAGUCAACAUUGAAGGGUCCCCGGUUAGCAUGGAACUGGACACGGGUUCGUCAGUGUCAAUCAUCCCGCGCAAUGUUUACGAGAGUACAUGCAAACACCUAGAGCUCAAACCCGCUAAAGUAAAGCUUCGCACGUAUGGUAGUGAGAUAAUAGUCCCUAUGGGUGUGGUCAGCGCGAACAUUAGUUAUAACGACCAAUGCUGUGAGGCAAAGAUGUAUGUCGUGGAUGGACCUAGAGUUGCACUCUUUGGUCGCUCUUGGCUGCGCCUAUUCAAACUCGAUUGGCCAUCAAUCAAGUUGGUUCAAGGCAAGAACACUGCACUGUCAGACCUCACAGAGAAGUAUCAAGAUGUUUUCAGCGACGAACUAGGCUGUCUCAAGGGAUAUGCUGCGCAGCUACACGUCCGUGAUGGGGCAACUCCAGUACACCAAAAGCACCGCACAGUUCCUUUUGCCAUCCGGCACCAGGUGGAAACAGAACUAGAGAACUUAGAAAAACAGGGGAUAAUCUCUCCUAUCCCCAAUAGCGAAUGGGCAACACCUGUUGUCCCGGUGGUGGAGAAAUCUGGUGGUAUACGCCUAUGCGGGGAUUUCAAGGUCACGUUAAACCCUGAGCUAGUGGCCGAUUCCUAUCCCCUUCCAACCCUAGAUGAUCUGCAAGAAAAAAUGAACGGUGGGUCUUUCUUUUCUAAGUUAGACCUUACCAAAGCAUACUCCCAGAUACCACUCGACGACUCUGCUAAACAGUUCACAACCCUGACCACUCACAAAGGAUUGUACGCCUACAAUCGACUUCCAUUUGGCGUAGCGUCCUCAGCGGCGAUUUUCCAGCGACAGAUGGACAGAAUUUUCAAGGACCUUCCACAAGUACUGUGUUACCAAGACGACAUCCUGGUGACAGGAAGAGACAGCGAAGAACACCUUACAAACCUGGAAGAAGUUUUGCGACGCCUACACGCCAACGGUCUCACAGCACAACGAGAGAAGUGCGAAUUCAUGCAGCCAUCGCUGAAAUACCUCGGCCACGUCAUCGACAAAGACGGAAUCCACCCCACGAGUGACAAGGUAGAAGCCAUCAAGACGGCACCAUCACCUCAGGAUGUAACCCAGCUCCGUGCGUUCUUAGGCCUGGUAAACUACUACCAGAAGUUCCUACCCAACCUAUCACAGGUCUUACAACCUCUUCAUCAACUUCUGAAGAAGGAACCAAGUGGUGCUGGAGUGCCAAAUGCCAGAAAGCUUUCACCAAUGUCAAAUCAAUGA